CGCUCGGUCACUUUCACGCCGAGCGGCUAGCGAGCCCCACCCCGCUCGACGACAGCCAGCCAGAGAGCACACGCCAAGCUCACUUCCUCGGUAGUGGGCCCGGGCGUCAUCACGGCCCUCCCACUCCUCCGCAAGCGACGCGAUGGACGACGACACUCCCGCGCCAUCCGAGCUUCUCGCAGACGAGCUCAUCGCUGCCUGCAUCGGCCAUCUGACGCUGCACAGCCUUCCGUGCGUCGCACGCGUGAACCGACGCUGGCGCGCCGCUGCGUUGGUCGCCUUUGAUUCCCAGCUCCGUUGGCGCGCCGACCCGCGCUGUUUCCCGCUGCGACUCCCCAUCCCGGCCGCACCUGCUCGGGCCGAGAGCCACGUCGCUCGCGCCGGCGCCUGCAUCGCCUUUCUUCGCGACGGAGACCUCGUCGUGCAGCUGGUCGAUCCGGCAGCGGACGCAGUGCGCACGCUGCGCUUCGCCGAGCGGCGCCCUGUCGACGGCGAAGGCCCGCCCGAGCCGGUCGAGGCUUGCAGGUGCGAGUUGGGGGAAGACGGCCCGUUCAACGCCGGGGUGGGGGGGAUGGUCGGGUACCGGCGCGAGGCGGAGGAGGAGGGGAUGGCCUUCCUCCCGACAACGAGCCGGCACGGCGCCGCUGCUGCCUCCACAAAGCGGGUCGCCGUCGGGAGCUGGCAGAAUGUGCUGCACUGCGGCCGCUGCGUCUUCCUGCUGCGGGCUCUGCGUGUCGGGCAGGCGCACCGGAGCUGGUGGGAGGACGAGGCGAUCACGGCCGACGUUCUCGACCUCGAGAGCGGCGGCGUCGCGGCCGUCGACGUGACGCCGCUGCGCGACGCGCUCGAGCAGCAGCUGUCUCUUCCACCGGCAGGCGUCACGUUCGGCCGGCUGGACAGCAAGCAGCUCAUCAGAGACGAGCCGGUUCGCUGUGCGGUCAGCGCCGCCGACGGGCACUUCCUCUUCCACGCGAGCACGCAGAGCGGCGCCAAGGUCGCCGCGGCCCUGGCGCUGCCGGACCACGUCGCCCCGCAAGACGGGGGGCCGAGAGGCGGGCGGGGCGGCGGCGCUGCUGCGCCAGCCGUCUCGGGGGGAGUCGUGUUUGCGCGCCGCUGGCCGAGCUCGCACAAGAUCGGGUCAGCAGUCUUGCUCGGGGAGCCGCGCCUCUCCCGGCCGCAGACCCGUUCAGCAGCCGCCACGCCGACCCGGCAAGUCGCCCCAUCGCACUCGACGUGGUGCUGUUGCGCGCGAGGAGCGGCGUCGCGGCGGGCAGGUCCCUCUUCGGACCCGCCCCGCGCGGCCGCCACGGCAGCGUCGCCGCCGCUUUUCGCUACGGCGGCGUCGGCGCCAUCGACUAUGGCGCGGCGAGCGGCGUGGUCGCGGCGUGCUCGCUGCCGCGCAAAGGGCUCCCGCCGCCCGCCGUGCUGGUCUGGGACUGGCGGACCGGCGUGUGCCUGCAGGCGCCGCUGGAUGCGGUGCUCCUCCACCCUCUGCCCCCCGCGCCUCCACCGGCAGCCGUGCGGCCGCUUCGCUUCCCGAUUGGCGCGCAGGUGGCGUGCCGCAUGGGCGCGUGGCCCUGGCUCCACGGCACCAUCGCCGACCACCACGUCUCGCACGGAGAGGGGGGAGGAGUGUACUUGGUGCACCUCGACCGAGGCGACUCGUGCGUCGUGCCCGUCGACCACCCCGACCUCGUGCGCGGCGUCGCCGGAGGGGAGGCGCUCGCGUGGAACGAGCGCGCGCAGGCGAUGGAGGUGGCCGCGGAGGCGACCCUCGCCCUCCACCCGUCGGGCUGUCGGCUCGCGGUCGGCAUGUGGCACGCGGGCGCGGCCGCAGGAGUGGCGUACUCGAUCGGCUUCGGGCCGGGGAGGGGGUAGAUCAAUCAAACAAUCUGGGGGGGGGGGCUCCGUUGGUGGAAAAGGGGCGGGUUGGUGUGCUUCUACCUUCUUGUUUGUCUUUGAGAGGUGAAGCCUCGG